CGAGGAGAACGGGGGGCAUUUGAUUUGGAAGCAAGCUGUUGCGCUGAAUGGCGCGCAGGCCGCCGCGGGAACAGCAGCUUCUGACUCUUCCACGCCUUUCCAUUCAAAAAAAGAAUCCGUUGUCGAUGACCUGACCGCUCUUCUCCGUCACUUAUCACCCGCCGAAGUUCUCGCCGCCGAAUGGGACGAAAAUCUCCGGAAGCAUCUGGUCACGAAAUUUGAUUUGCUUGAGCCGCACCUCCGGAAGGCGAUCCACGAGGAAGCGGAAAAGGACGAGAGGGUGAGGCAAGGCGCGUUGCAUCCAGCGGGCAUUUUGAGACAGCAAGGCGAUGUUGGUGGAGCUGCAGCUGGAGGGGGCACCAGCGGAGUUGUAGAACUACGUGAACCAACUUUUUUAUCUCAAGCGGCGAUGCGUGACUACGAGAAGGGAUUCGCUUCGGGGGUGACGAUGGUUCGCACGGAGCAAUUUGCGCAAUUCGCGAGGGAGGAGCAGUUUCGCCUGAGGCCGAGUUCGGAUCACCAUCAUGCGGCGCAGCGUGCUGACAAAAUUACUUCACCGGCUCCUCACGAAGUAAAUCCUUUUGCCGGAUUUCGUGAUGUUUUGUCGGCGGGACCGAUUAGACCAGAGAAGCCGAUCCCAGGAUCUUCAUCCACACCGCGUGCAGCCGCUCCAAGCAGCCUGUACUCCUCUUCCCGCACCAGUAGUUCCUCUCCACCAGCAUCUCCAGCGCCGAAACUGAGAGUGAUCGUCGAAAAGUUUCAGGCGAACACGAAAAACAGCAGACUAGCCCUCGCCUGGAGCAAGUACGUCUUUGAGAGGACCCAGGCGCUCGCCGCGGAAUUUUUGCAAGACAAAAUCGAGGCCCCGGUGUUGGCGGAGUUACACGCGCUCGCAGCGGUUGGGGAAAGAAUCGGAAAUGAAGAAAACGCUUUUCUUCCGGAAGAUGUUCUUGGGAGAAAGACUUCCAAGAAAGUAGACCCCGCCCACUUCACCGGCGUCCAAGGACUUCCGAAGGUGCUGGAAUCGGAGCUGUGGCCAGAUGCGUUCUUCGGAUCACCUGGGUAUGAAGAGAAGAAGAAGAAAAGCCUACCGCGGAUCAAAGAGUCCGAGGCGUAUAGGCUGUUACACAACGCGGUAGAAAACAACAAGAACUCCAUGGAGGACAAGUAUAGUGCGAAUGGAAAAAUAGACGAAAAAACAACAUCUACGAGAAGUACUAGCGACGUGGAGACAAUUUUGUCCGUCGUGAAGGAGGAAGCAGUGGCCGCGAGGGAUUUGUUACAAACGCCAAUUUUGAUCCUGACUGAAGACGAAACUUUAUCCGUUCUCGUGCAAUUAAACGUCGAGGCGGUGGAGUGGCAGAAACGGUGGAAGCGAAGGCAGAAUAGCAAAAGACACAAGCAAGUGCAAGAAAAAAGCGCUAAUAAAGAUCCUGCUUCAUCUACCUUUGCCCACCCGACUUACAGCGGUCCCGCUGAGCUUCGUGAUGCAUCUGCGAUUGCGGCACCGUUUGUGUCCGAAGAUGACGAAGACUUCCGCGGGUCGUUUCUGCGCAUUCUCUCCGCGACUCACAAAGAGAAAGAUUUUACCGCCGAUCCGCUUCAAACUGCGAUAGAGCCAAGGAGUAGCACGUGCAGCAAAGCCGAAGGGGCGCAGCUGCACAAGACGGCGUCGUCUUCGUCUGACACGAGUACAACUCGGGGGAAAAAUCAAGAUCACAGCAAGCAACAGCAAGAGCAGGGUCUAGAUCAGUGGCGCCCCCUCUGGCCAGAGUUCGCAAAGGAUUUACCCUUUACGCCCUUACCAGGGGUUCCACCUCUUCCAGUCGGAGGCGGCGUCAUUGACGGCCGUGCGACUUCUUCUGCUUCGUCGACCACUGGCAACACAAAAACUGCUCCGUACAUCUUUACCUGGCCAGAGACAUACAACAACCCAGGAAUACUCGUGGAAGGCGGCUUUUUCGCGGAAACGGCCGGUGCAGAAGCAGCUGGUGCAGCUUCCCAGGUCAAGCACAAAAAGACGCCUCUCAAAACGGCCUACGAUCAACGACGCUAUGCGCAGGAUACUUACGAUAAGAUGAUGAAUCCAGACGAAGUAGAGGGGACUACUACAGCAGCCUCAAAUGGCGACGAACAAAAGUCUACUACUGCUUCAUCAGCUCGUGAUGAAAUGAGCAGGGAAGAGCGCAAGAUAGAACCCUGGCGCCAGGUCCCGAAACCCCUGCGCCAGCCGGUCACCCCCCGUGUUUUGAUCCAAUGUAAACAACAGAUCCCGGACUGGUGCAUCGGGUCCAAAACCGACCUCCUGCCGACCAGCCAGACCUAUCAAAUGUAAAAAUGUCUGGGUCUGGAAGAAUGCAACUUGUCAUGCUGCGUCUGCAUUAUCCAAAAAUCUGUAUUGCAUGAACAGCAAAAGAGGUCUGGUUUUGGCCCCGGCGAGAGGGCAUUUCUCAUGCGGUAAAGGCAUCAGAAAGCCCUCACAAGAUCUGUGAUGCUAGGGCAUGCAUCGCAGGCAUCAGGAGUCAUGCAAAAUGUGCAUGACAAACCUUGCAUCCUUCCAGACCCAGACAUUUUUGCAUUUGAUAAGACCUUCCGCUUAGCGAUUGAAGCCCGCUGCAUCUCCACGAGCGGGGAGCACGUGGCCAACCAGUGCGACCGGUGGGCGAGGUAUGGAGAGAAAAAAGUUUGUCACAGUCACUAACUUGCAGGCUUUCCAUUACAAAUUUUCUCAGCAUCACACACUUUCCUUGUAUUGCAGAAACACUAGGGAAAUCCCUAAUGAAGUUUGGCUGUGAUGCAUUUUUACGCAUGACAAACAAUUUUGUAUUGCAAAAAUGCGCAUGAGUGAUCGUGACGAACUUUUUUCCUUUGAUACGAGGAUGGGUGCGGAUGGGGCGCUGCUGUCCUUGGAUGACUUGCUGAACGAGAUGAUCGACAAAACCAACGCGGUGGGCGCGAAGUUCAACCCGAUCGACGGCGACCCGCAGGACAAAACCGUUUGCCGCAAGUUUCGCCCGACGGAGGAUGCGGCGGAACAAGAAGUACAACCAGAGGGAACAAACACAAAGAACAAGCACGUUGGGCGGAUGAAAAACAUGAUCUUGCUAGUGGAGUCCUUGUUCAAGGGAGCCAACAAACCCUGGAAGCACACGCCGCCCAGCGCGAGUGAGGCAGAGAGGGAACGAAACCAAAUUGUGCAGGAAAAGGCCCUAAUGGAGAUUUUGUUGGACGAACUGCUGUUGCCAAAGAUCUUUGUUCUGGAAGAACAGUCUUCAAGUACAUCAACUACCGGUGGCGCGACUGCAACCGGAGCUGCAAGUCACACAGACCUGCACCAAAUGUUGAAGAUGAGAAACUACAAAAAGGAGCGUGCACAGUGGAUCCGCAUGUUUCGGCUUUUUCGCAAAGAACUGGUCUGGCCGUUGUUCGCGGCGGCACUGCGGUUCAAAGAUUUGUGCAUCGACCGGCGGGUUUUUCGGGUCGUGUUGGUGGAGGUGUUGGAACGGGUUUUGCGGAUAUUGCCGGAAGACGAGAAAACGCAGGCGGAGGAACAAGAUGGUGGAAGAAUGAACAUUGAAGAAGUUGAACCUGCUUCGCCCAGCCUAGUUUUGUCGCGGCUGCAGAGUAGAGAUGAAGCGCGUGCAGAUGCUGCUGUGGUCCAUCAGGAUGAGUAUGAAGAGACUCAAGUUUCGGCUUCGCAUGAUACUCCUGGCCCGUUGUCGGACGAUGCAGAUUAUCAUGCAGAUUCGCUAGUUAAAAACUUCCGCCGCCUCUCCCUGGUCGGACACGGGCCAGAGACAAUUACCACCGCAGCGGAUCCAGAGGAGCAAAAUCAGCAAACGUCUGCGCACUUCUUGGACACAUUUCCAGGGCGACCCUCGGGAAGUAGAGGUACAGGUACGACUUCUUCCCAGCACAGAAAACUACAUUCGGACGUGCACGAAGACUGGUCACUUGGUGAACAACAUCCAGACGCGCCGCGUGGAGCUACUACUACAAUGAACCGCGCCGAAGAGCAUACCGCAAAGCUGGCUUUUGACAAUCUGCAUAAGCUUUUCACCGCAGAUACUGUCCAAGACAUUCUCGCCUCUUCCUUCUUCAACGCCGCUAGCGCGCCUCCGCAGCGCGCGCCGGUGGCUCCGGUUGUUGUAUGCAUUGCAAAUAUGUCUGGGUCUGGAAGAUGAAGAAUGCAAACUUGUGAUGCGCGUUUCACAACACAUAAAAGUUUUUCAUGCGUAGGCAGCAAAAGCUGCCUACUUUCUGUCACCUCCAAAGUGGGGCGUUUGUCAUGCGGAUUCGGCAUUGCGGAAGCUUCUCGAAACCUGUGAUGCUAGAGAUUCCAUGCCAGACCUUCUGCGUCAUGCAAAAGCAGCAUGACUCUUCCAGACCCAGACAUAUUUGCCUUAUGAUAUGUCGGCGCCGGGCACGACAACUCGGUAAAAGCCGCCGCAGCGAUUUCGAGUGAUUUGAUGCAGAAACUGGUGGACGCUUUACCUCCCUCCGCGGUGACAGAAACCAGGAACAAGCUGGCGAUAGAGGAACAGACUGCGGGGGGUCACACAAUGAACAAAGAGAAGACAAGUGGUUCAACAUCUACUUCCGCCAGGAGUAGCAGAGCUUCUAGUUCUUCCGAGAUGUUGACCCACCCAUCCGGGAGCGCGAUCCCGGGUGCAGCUUCUCCUCCCGACGGGUACGAGCGCGUCGCGGAUUUGGCGAAUGUCAAAGAUGAGGAACUGAAAACUGCGGUCAAUAGUUGGAUCCGGAUGGAGGAGACUGUGGAUAAGAAAAAGAGCAUUCUGGAGGGGGAUUUCUCCGUGAACGACAACGAUCCGAACUUUCUUGUUGGUGAAAAUAAACAGGACAGCAGUGCAGCUCAUCUAAGCCACGUCCUGCUCCCCGAGUACGUGACGAGCGAUCGUUCUAUGGAAGCGUCAGGUUUGAAAUCGUCAAAGUUGCAAAUAAUUUGCAAUGCAUAAAAUGCAUGGCCCGAGGCACGUGUGUUGCAGAGCAGGCAAGUGAGGCAGAUUGUUAGCCUGUUUGGGGUUACAGCUCGAGCUGCUAAAGUAACAUGAGAAAAUCGCUCUUCUUUGCCUAAACAGCAUGACAAAGUGGAUUUAGGGACCACCGAAAUUUGUCUUGCGCCAUUUAGAAACUGGGUUCCAACUGGCAUCCAUUUUAUGCAUGACAAAUCAUUUCAACUUUGUCGAUUUCAACCCUGAUGCUUCCAUACGUUCCGCCCCGCAGUUACAGCUCGACUUCGCAGUGAAGGAAAAAGAUCGGAAAACGGUAUCAAAUGUAAAAAUGUCUGAGUCUGGAAGGUUACCAUGUUUGUCAUGCAUAUAUUACAUGACUCAGGAUGUCUGUAAUGCAUGAUCUGGCAUCACAUAUUUUUAGAGGCCUUCCUGAUGCCUAUCCCGCAUGACAAAUGUACUCCCAGCGUGGCACAAACUGGGCUCCUAUUGCUGGUCAUGCAAUACAUAUUUUUUUAGAGUUGAAAGUUAGCAUCACAAGUUCCAACCUUCCAGACCCAGACAUUUUUACAUUUGAUAAACGGGCGAGGCAGUCAAGGGGAAAAAAGCAGCUGCUGGGCGGGAAGUUCGGAUCUUCAUUAACAGCCGGAGCACGGCCCGGGCCGCGUAUGCGUUUCACAAGGGUGUGACGAAGAAAGUUGGGAGGGAGGAGAAAGAGAAAUUCAAUGCUGUGGUGAAUGCGGUGCUUUUCUCUCCAUCAGCUGCAUCUGCUGGUACGACGGGGACCACUUCUCCAGAGGACAAAGUUGCGGCUAACUCGCCCCCAUCAUCAAGCUCGCAAGAACAUCAAGAGCUCGCUUCGAUCCGCAACACACUGACAAAGUGGCACAACAAAAGGCACACGAAAUACCAAAAAGAAAGGGAGAAACUUGAGGACAAGUUCGAAAACAAGCCCAUCGAUUUCGGCGAACGGGUGGAGGAGUUGAGUGCGAGGCUGAUAGCCGGUGCCAUCGUUUUCUCGUUGGAAACGGCUGGCCGCGCACCGGCAUAUGGUAAAGUGUGGAUGGAUGCUUUUCGCGGCUUGUCAAGGGUGUAUUGCAGCAAGAAGGACUGGGCGUUUUUCAACAAGAUAAAAGGCCUCGGCGCUUCUCAACAGGACAAUUCUGGUUCUGCUUCCUCGGCAGAAGCUAGUGCACAGAGAACAAGUGCUGGUGCCAGCACACCGAACAGCGAGGCGCUGCAAAGACUUUCCGAGGAAGAGAUUCACAAGGAGGCCGCGCACAACCUCGAGCAGGUUGACGCGGCGCUUUCCCUCGCGCAGGUGAUCGCGACGCACGCGGAUCCGCGGGAGGUCGCGCACGAUACGUUUUCCUCCAUACUGCACAUCUCCGCACCGGUGAUUGCCGCGGAACAGAUGAAGAUGAUGAAAAUAAGCGGUGCUGGAACUUCUACCAAAGAACGGAAAAAUGGACAAGAAGGCACGACUUCGGGGACUAGUACUUCGUUCUCAGACUCUUGCUCCGGGUCCUCAUCCUCGGCAGCCUGCAAUAAAGUCUCUUGGAACGAGUGGUGGUGGAGCAAGGUUUUCGGAGAUAGAAAUGGAGGUGAAACCACUACUACUGCCCCCGCCCCACCUCCACCUGAUGCACCACAGAGUCCACCGCAAUCCCUAGCCGAUUUCAACCUGAGAUCGGUUCUCAACGCGUAUUACAUCCAGGCGGAUGCCGCUUGGUUUGCCGCAAUUGUGGAGAAAAAUUGGGAUCUCAAAUUGAACACGAUGGAAACAAGGAAACUCGUGUUGUUAUGGCAACGCCAGAGCAGCGAGUUCCUGCACCAGCCGAUUUACUCGGAGUACGAUUCGGUGAGAAAGCAGAGGAGAAUCGAUUUCUUGUGGGAUUUUCAGGAAGCGUUGGGGUUGGUGGUCAGACACAUGGUACACACGAGAAAACAAGUUCCUGAUUCAUCUGUUGGGGAUGAUGCUCCUAAGAAGUCGGACGCACCAGGACCAGAUGGCGCUGCAUCAGGUACUACUACUUCCAUCGCGGGUACUGGUAGCGCUUCCUCCACCUCGUCGAUCAGAGAUGAAAAUAGCAAAGAUCAACGUCGGCGCUCUAGUACAUCUUCAGGUGGGACGGCGAGCGAGGACGCGAAGUCCUCACAAUCAUCUUCCAAGAUGAAACCUCCCGGAGGAGCUGCAGAGAUGAAAAACAAGGGUAGUUCCAAGUCUUUUUUGUCCGAGAAGCUUUCUGAAAUUGAGAAGGAAGUCGUCAAGUCCUGGACGGUCGGAAACGAGUGGUGGACCGCGGUGAUUGUCGCAUCACGCGUGGUGGAGUACACAACCGCCUUCUUGGCGGUCGCAAGAGCGAACCCGGAGGAUUUUGGCGCGAACGAAGCGGUAUGGAUUGCAAAAAUGUCUGGGUCUGGAAGAUUGCCAGACUUGUCAUGCAGGUUUUCCAUAACCCAAGAGGUCUGGUAUGUAGGACAUAGCAUGACAGAUUCUGCGAAACCUUUCCAAUGCCUAUCCUGCAUGAGAAACUGCCUCUCGAUUAGGUCAAAAGUGCACAACCUUUGGCAAUCAUGCAACACAGUUUUUUGCCUGAUUCAGAUUUAGCAUGACAAGUUGCAUUCUUCCAGACCCAGACAUUUUUACAUUUGAUAAGCGGGGGCGGCUUUGUUGGAAGGACCUUUUGCGCAGUUGGCGGUGGAUAUGACAGUACACAACUUCCCCUCCCCCUCAUUUGUCAUGCAAAAUCUCAAAUCCAGUCGCUGCCUUGUGGCACUGUUUCCAUGACAAGUUCUGGUAGCCCAAAUAGCACUACACUCCAGUGUUAAUUUGUCAUGCAAAACCCACAUUCUUCCUGAUGUUUGUGUUGCCAUUCAUGCUAUACAAAUGAGAGAGGGGGAGGGGGAGUUGUGCAAUCUCAUAGUGGACACAGGCAUCAUUUUCCGGGAUCUGCUGGGGGAUCCGAGGUGCCCGGUUGCGGGGGGUGGGGAUGACAGGUACGUCUAUUUUUUUCGUAGUAGCGGCGCCCCGGAUGUUUUCUUCUGUAGAAGUAGACCCCACAACCAGAACCACUGAAUAAAGUGUGACGACGAGGAGGUCCAUGAUGCUUCUACGCUAGAAGUAGUAGAUUAAUUUGGAUAUGGAUUUGACCAUAAAUGAGUCCAAUCUCUUGCACUUCCACUUGCUUGCUUCCUCGCAGGUCCCAGACCGGUACAACGACUAGCAAGCCCCGCAAAAAUACUCGAGUCCAGUUUUCCCAGUCCUGUCUCACGUCCCAUCUGUCAACCGCCCUGCUCGGCCGGCUGAACGGAGGAAGGUUGAAAUGGUACCCGUCGCCGCAGUUUGUGUGGGAAACAAUGAACUUCAUGGUCACCGUCGCGAGCAAGUACGAGAACGGAAUUCUCAAAAAAUUCUUCGACCAGGGGAUUGCUUUGAACCAGCGGUCUUUGUUUUCCAUCGAAGCAAGCUACUUGACGCCCUUGGUUCUACACGACCAAAGGCGGUUCAUCUCCCCCGGCAUGGAGAUCGCGCCGUCGCACCGACUCUGCUACAAGAAAACGGGGUCGGUAGAAAUGUUCUACAAGAGGGCGUCGCAGUGGGGCGGCCCGUGGACAAGAUGCUUGGACACGACGGAAAUCGGUAUGAGAAUUGCGUAUACUAGACAAAAUAUGGUGUUGCCACAUUUGAUGGAUUGUCACAACCGGUAGAAUGUGCGUACGUACUAACUUAGAAGUUUAAGUCAUGACAACACGAGACAAAUCUAUCGCUUUUAUCAGGUACCAUCAUCGAAAAAAUCCCGUGGCGCAACUUCCAGAAGCAGCACUUCUGCCAGCACUACCCGUGUCUCUGGAACCGGGAGGAUGCGAACAAACUGCAUAACGAAGUGGAAGAAAACAACCGCCAAUUUCUCGCGCAAUCCGCCUCCGCGUCUCUCCGGACCAUUUUCCCCGCCCGGGAACUGGAGGUCGUGCGAGUUCUGUUCAAAGAUAAUAGAAGGGAAGGAGAUGCAGACAACACUGUACUGGAAGUUUUUCUCCUCGACCCCGAUAUUCGGAUCCACAGCACGCCGGUGGAAGCGAGCUCGAAUUUUUUCCUAACGAGCUUGGAUAGGCAAAUCAAGGAAUUAGCGAAAGCGGUGAAGCAUGGCACGAGAGUCCCGAAGCCGCAAGUCUUCCCCCCGGAGAUGGCCGACCAAGCGGAGCAGGAUGGCCAGUUUAUCAACGAUGCACAGGAAAGACUGCAGAGGGCGCGAAAGGUGGCACUCCAGGUGCUGGAUCAGAGACACGCGGGAGCUGCUCAUGUUGUUGAGCAACAGGCACUAGAACAAGACUCGCCAGAUGAAAUCAUGGCGAUGCGCAGCGGCGGAAGCAGUACACAUGCAGGAGCACAACAAGCACAACAAAACAAACUAGCCUCGGUCCCAGCAUCAGAUAAUGAUGAACAACACCACCAAACAAAAACUCUUCUCGAAACCUACACCAUCGCUUACGAGUCAACCAUUACUUCGCUUUCGCACAGCGGCAACCCGAUAGCGUUGUCCUUUCUGUCGGACAAGAGAAAUCUGCAGAAAAAGCCCAUCGGACUGCGUGAGCUGCAGUCUAUGUUUCGCGACCCGUUGGUGAUCACGCUAAGGAGCGAGUUUGUGGAACAAAUUUCGAAACAUCUGAAAAAGCCCCUGAAGAUCGUUGACGCAUACAUCACCCGGAUUGGAAUCAAGGCGACUUUAGAGGUGUUGGGGAAGAUCAAAGUGCCUCAGGAAUACGAGACUGCGGUUUAUUUCAAACAACCCUGGCCCCCGUAUCUGGCGAGGGGGUAGGAGUUGUUGUGAAUAAAGCAGGCGGGAAUUCAUAAUUUUGCAUCGCAACAACAAUGAAAAUCAAAAUCUAAUGACAGAGAGAAUAUAGUAAAGGAACCUUUGACGUUGACAUGACAAGGCAUAUAUAUCGACCACUAAUAUCCAAUGAUGAGAAAAAGUAAAAGACUGAGUUUCAAGGAAAGCAUACAGCUCUAAUACAGAAUACAGGUAUUGUUUAUCAGAGAAUGCAGGCGUCUACUUUGCCUUUGCCGAGAUUCUGUCAUGUUUGCUCCGUGCAAUUUCAUCAUGUGAAUAAAAAUAACGUUCUAUGUAUGAGAGCAUUGAACAUAUCGUGCAAAAUUGUGACUUCAAAACUUCUCAGAGCAGUGC